CUUGGAAAAUCCGAAAAAAAAAAGUAGAUAAAUUAGAAUAUAGUCAAAAGUUCCGUCAAAAACAAAAAUCAAUUCUCUUCUAAUAAGUAGAUCUUGUUUUUUAGUAGUAUCAUCACACAAUACACAUUCACAACUCCUCGCAACAAUGUUGUUCUUCUUACAAGACCCGUCACUCUUCAGCUACUCCCUCCACACACUUUUCCUCAUAGCACCACCAACCUUCAUCUCUCUCACAUUCCUCCAAGCUCCAUACGGUAAACACCAUAGACCAGGUUGGGGUCCAAAUCUCUCUCCACCUCUUGCAUGGUUUCUCAUGGAAAGUCCUACUCUCUGGUUCACCCUUUAUCUUUUCCCACACGGUAGCAACUCCUCAAAUCCAAAAUCAAUAAUCCUCAUAACCCCUUUUCUUGUUCAUUACUUCAACCGCACAAUAAUCUACCCUCUUCGUUUAUUCUUCACAAAAACAACAAAAAACCCAUCUGGGUUUCCUUUUAGUAUAGCUGUUAUAGCUUUUUUGUUCAAUUUGUUGAAUUCUUUUGUUCAAGCUAGAUGGGUUUCUCACUACAAAGAUUUUGAUGAUGGAUGGUGUUUUUGGGUUGUGUUUUUUUGUGGGGUUUUUGUUUUUUUUGUUGGGAUGAUGAUUAAUGUUUUGUCGGAUAAGGAAUUGUUGAGACUUAAAAGUGAAGGGAAAGGAUAUUUAAUUCCUAAAGGAGGGUUGUUUGAGGUUGUGAGUUGUCCUAAUUAUUUUGGGGAGAUUGUGGAGUGGUUUGGUUGGGCUUUGAUGACAUGGUCUUGGGCUGGAUUGGGCUUUUUUCUUUAUACUUUUGCUAAUUUGGGGCCUAGGGCACGUGCUAAUCAUCAAUGGUAUUUGGAGAAAUUUGGAGAGGAUUAUCCUAAGAAAAGAAAAGCUGUUAUUCCUUACUUGUAUUGAUUUUUGUUAUGAAUUGUUCUGUAUACAUAUGUUGAAUAAUAUUGCAGUUAUACUGUUUUAA